UGUGCACAACACGAGACAAUUCCAACAUUCACCGACUGGACACGCACCACUUUCUCGAUCCAAGUCGCUCCAGCUCGUAGAACAACUCGUCAAAUUGAGAUCGCUUUGCGACGCAACCGCCCACAAUGUCUUCGCCACGACCUUCAUCCCCGAUCAACUCCAACCCAACCACUGGCUCCACGACCGCACGAGCAGCCUCGCCCAAAGCCCCAGGUGGACCAGCGACCGCGAUCAGGAGGAAGGCUGCCGCAGAUAGAGCCGACAAGAUCGCCAAUGCGCGACCAGCAAGCACAAGAGCCGCGGGAGCAGGUGGCAGCAGCAGCACCAUGUUGAGACUGUACACGGACGAAUCGCCAGGACUCAAGGUCGACCCCUUUGUCGUUAUGGUCCUUUCGAUCGGUUUCAUCAUCUCCGUGGUCGCAUUGCACAUCAUCGCGAAGUUCACAAAGCGAUUCUCGUCGUAGAAGGCAUUUCACUUUAUCAAAUAUACCAGAUGGUUCACUAUUCUCCUACAUAGCAGUCGGCUGCGAGGUGCGAAGAAAAGUACGGCGUUGGAAGAGGCCAUGUGGCUUGUAGUUAUGAGGCCAUUGACAAACGGACGAAGGUCUGAACUACGGAGCUCGAGAGGAAAAGUCUGCUCCCAGAUCCAGUCGGCUCGGUAUUGAGCCCUCAGCACUUUGUAAAUCAUAUGUUGGGUCUCUAGGGAGGCUUAUCCUAUUCAGUUAUGACUACAGAUGCACCGUUCAGUUCGAUCCCACAGAUCCAGGCGGUCCGAGAAUGGCUUCGUUGU